GCGAGAGCCGAUAGUGCGCGCAGGUGUCGACGUCGGAUUGGUCGAGAGUGAUGUGGGCGAGUGAGCUGUACUUGUUUCGAAUUUGGAGAACGCUGAAGACGCUCCCCUGUCCCGCAGGCGCGUCUGCUCGCUGGUGGAGGCAGAUAUGGAGGUGGAGGUGGAGGUGCUGGUUUCCACGUCCCGGAAGCGUCGCUUUGUUGUUGGAGAUGAUUGGGCGAUGCGACGACCCCCGGCGGUCUCAGCUUCUUGCCGCGCUUUGCCCCACUGCUCGAGUUCGGUGAGCCGGAAUCAUUCAAGCACGUCGUGGUCGCAGCAACUGUGAAGAAGGAGAUGAUACAGUGACCACAGCAGACUGUGCGAUUCCUGUGAUUGAUGAUGAAUUCCGGGUGGUGGCUCCUUUAUCUACAAGAUCUUAGAAAUCUUGAUAGACACAAAAGCUUUGAUCUGAGUCACGCUUUCGAUCAGGAGUGAUGAAACUAUAUCGUGUGCCGUGGGACAUUGUCUACCGGGAUGUGUGCCAGUCGUGCUGUCCUUUAGAUCACAUUUGCUUUCGCAAGUGAUCUUGGAGAUUAUGUGGCUCCGAGCAACAAUGGAAAGGCGUAUUUGGAAGUGUCUUUUUUCCUAUCUUGAUGGUCAUCAGCAUCUUUUCGGCGUGAGAUGUGUCAAGAUGACAGUUGUGGUUACCCAAGCACCUUGAACAACUUUCUGUAAGUCGUCCCAGUAUAAGAAUGGCCGCGAAGUUUACUUUAUGCUUGUACAGAUACAUCACCACGUUUAGUUCUAAGUUGGCCUCAAAGUUUAAAGUUGAGCUUCCUGAAUCAAGUUCAGUAAAGUAGAAUCUUAGUGGAUACUUGGAGUGAGGAUAAAGCCAGCUCAAGUUUUUGUGGACGUAACGUCUAGCGAAAUUAACCGCAGAUCAGGAUGAAAAUUUGAGGUUAUUCUUCGUCAACGACGGUAGAUAAGAGGCGACCUCUGUCGUGUCGAACUUAGUUGUUGUGUCUCUCAACAUGAUCUCAAGCUCGAUUCGCACUCGACCAAGAGGCCUGUGGAAGUCUCUCAACCUCGCGUGGUCUUGUUCGUUUAGAAACGAUGGGGCAUCGUACGAAGCAAGGACAAGGAUACUAGGCAUUCUACGGAAUCAUGUGCUGCUCACCAUCCGUACUCGUGGACCUCAUAAAAAAGUCCACAGUGCCAUUAAGAUCAAAAGUAAGCGCAAUCAGGCCGGUCUACCUCACACCAAAUCUCUUGAGAGAUCUUAACUGCGAAGAACUAAUCAGCAACACAAAUCAAAUUAGGUCUCACGACUCAGAGAGAGAGAGAGAGUCAAAGUGAACGAGAGAAUUUACGCCAGCUGUGGGGCUUUUGUUGCACGAUGAAUUUCUAUAUGUGUAGGCAGUGUGGUGGCAGCAGUGUCUCAGGGUACUCAUAUAAGGAAAUGUAUGUGGAUAAGGUUUGUAAACAGAAGGCAACGCACGCCAACUGAAAGCUUCGCAUAACAAGCUAUUCCUUGUUCCUCAUUCUAAUCCACCUCAAAAGCCAAAACAAAAUGCUUUGGCAUUUUGUUGGCAUCAUACGCGAGUAAGGUAUUUGUGAAGAUACUUUGACUAAAUCUGGAGCAGCAGAUACUUAGGAGUUCUAAGUACUUGAGGUUUCGUGCGGAAAAUGAGCGGGAUCUUAAUCUGAAUUAUCAAUAAUAUCUUAUCAUUGAUGAUUCACACUCAAUAUGGAUGUAGGCCUCCUCCGAUGUAGAAAAACCUGUAUGUGUUCUAAUGAGUCCAGGAAAGCUGAAUAAAACUUAUACUCUAUGAAAGUGACUGUCAUCACCUGGAUACUGGGGGUUCAGAUUAAGGGGCCAAGCUGAAGCAUGCAAUUAAUCCUGCUCCUUCUGAGUAGCUCUGUAUCUUGAAGAGUACGGACUAGCUGACAAAGAAAGUCUUUUUUUUUUAGAAAGAG